AUGGUUUGCCUUGGUAAUUCCUAACAAGUAGAAAGAUCCGCCCAUUGAGAAGGCUUUUAGGAGGAAGAGCAAAAUUUAGCUACAGCACAAACAAGAACCUGCAUGACAGUGAAGGUUUAGGGGGGAAGAGCUGGCUCGUGCUAUACGGGUUACCCAGACCCUGUCAGUACCCCAAAUCUAAAAAGCCUGACCUAUAGCUGGCUACACUCUGCAUCUUACUGACUCUGAGUGCAUGGACACCAAGGCAGCUCUCUGCUCACCCAGCUCCCGGGAGUAUACGGACAGCAAUCCCAAUUCUCUAGGAUGGAGCACAGGGCAGAAUGAGUAGCUGAGCCCAGGAGGGAGAGAAGGAGGUAAAGAGAAAGAGAGGAGCUCCACCUGGACAGCAGCCAUCACACUAUAACCACAGCAGAAGCCCCCAAAACACAAUCCUAGGACAGGGGUCAGAAUGGAGGGCAAUACAGGUGAGUAAUCUCAGAAUUGGGGUCCUGGGGUGGGGAUGUUACUUGUCUCAAUAUUGUGACUAGCUGAGCUAUUGUAUAAAACUACAGUGAUAUCUGUUAUUUUUAGUGGAACGUGCUUAUUGUAUGUCUGCAUUCUCUCAACUGAACUGCGCUGUAGCAUAUGUUGGUGAUCUAUAAACUCCAAAUAAGAGUAUGAUACUCCCAGUCUGCUUCAUUAACCAUAGUAUAGAAUAUAUUGGUGCUUUAUAACCAUUAGCCACUAGCCCUUGCAUGUUUCCCGCACUCUUUGUAUCAUUUUAAUUGACAUCUAUAUUGCACCAACUUAUUCCACAGUGCUGUACAAUAUUAUAAAAGGGUGUAAACGUAACGAAAAUGAGACAAUUACAAAAUGUUACAAGAACAAUAGGCUGAUGAGGACACUGGCCAAAAGAGCUUACAAUCUAGACGCAGGCUUCCCCAAACUCCCGCCCUCCAGAUGUUGAUGAACUACAACUCCCAUGAUUCUAUGAAUGAAAUAGAUACGCUGAGAAUCAUGGGAGUUGUAGUUCAGCAACAUCUGGAGGGCCGGAGUUUGGGGAAGCCUGCUCUGGAGUACAUAGCUACAGUGUAUGCAGGCGCUAUUGGAAUGGAUUUCCUGUUGCCCAGCAGCCUCCCAUGACUCUCAGCCAGCCUGGGCUGUGUGUUUGUGGGUUAUUGGGAUGUUGGUGGUGUCCCACAGGUCUGGGUAACCAGGGCAAGGUGUGGUGGCCCCUGUGUGGUAGGUUGCAGGCAGGAGGAGGCUGCUCCCUGUCCUCCCUCAGCCCUCUCACAUGGACUGGCCGCCCUAGCCAUGUGCGGCUCUAUUUACGUUCCAGCCACGCGCCGCCGCUGAUUGGCUGCCGGGCUGCGUGACGCGGCGAUUACAUAAACAGCGCGAGGCCUCCCCGAGCGGCGUUCCACGUGAGCUUCCCCGAAAGGGGUCGCUGUUUGUUACUGACCUACUUUCCCUUUUUUUUCACACGUAAGUGUUCAGGUGGCGAGCGCUCCAGCCAAUCAGCUGCCGUUUCGCGUUAGCUGAGUUUUAUCCACGCCCCGCGGCGGACGCUAUUGGCUGGCCGGGUCCUGCGGCUGGCAGGCAGUGACGCGCUGGGCAGGGAGGCGCGCACGUGGCUGGAGAGCUGCAGUCAGACCGUGUGACUGAGGGGGAAGUGGAGGACAGGCAGCUGGCUGGGGGCUAGUCACUGGGAGCUGGGCUACGAGUCACGUUGGCCAUAGCUUCACUGCUAGCCCAUUGUGUUCACAUCAUCAUCACCCAGUGUAGUCACGAUGCAUGCAGUCCAUGUGCAGAGCCCAGAGUUAGAUAUAAUGGGGAAUAUUAACAUAUAUAAUAUCAAUAUAUAAACUUAUAUAUAUACAGAAAUGAUCAAUAUAUAGAGAUAGCAUUAAUAUAUUAUCCAUAUAUACAGAAAUUAUCAAUAUAUAGAGAUAUAAUUAAUAUAUUAUCAAUAUAUAGAGAUAUAAUUAAUAUAUUAUCCAUAUAUACAGAAAUUAUCAAUAUAAAAACUAAUAUAUAUACAGAAAUUAUCAAUAUAUAGAGAUAUCAUUAAUAUAUUAAUAUAUACAGAAAUUAUCAAUAUAUAGAGAUAGCAUGAAUCUAUUAUCCAUAUAUACAGAAAUUAUCAAUAUAUAGAGAUAUAAUUAAUAUAUUAUCAAUAUAUAGAGAUAUUAAUAUAUUAUCCAUAUAUACAGAAAUUAUCAAUAUAAAAACUAAUAUAUAUACAGAAAUUAUCAAUAUAUAGAGAUAUCAUUAAUAUAUUAUCAAUAUAUACAGAAAUUAUCAAUAUAUAGAGAUAUAAUUAAUAUAUUAUCCAUAUAUACAGAAAUUAUCAAUAUAUAGAGAUAGCAUUAAUAUAUUAUCCAUAUAUACAGAAAUUAUCAGUAUAUAGAGAUAUCAUUAAUAUAUUAUCCAUAUAUACAGAAAUUAUCAAUAUAUAGAGAUAUAAUUAAUAUAUUAUCAAUAUAUAGAGAUAUCAUUAAUAUAUUAUCCAUAUAUACAGAAAUUAUCAAUAUAUAAACUAAUAUAUAUACAGAAAUUAUCAAUAUAUAGAGAUAUUAAUAUAUUAUCAAUAUAUACAGAAAUUAUCAAUAUAAACGAUAUCUUUAAUAUAUAGUUAUCACUAUAUAGAGAAAUUAAUAUAUACAGAAAUUAUCAAUAUAUAGAGAUAAUAUAUAUUUAAUAUAUAGUUAUCAAUAUAUACAGAAAUUAAUAUAUACUGAUAUCAAUAAAAACUGAUAUCUUUAAUAUAUAGUUAUCAAUAUGUACUGAUAAUAUAUAGAGAUAUUAACCGCUUAACGACCGAGGACGGUUCAGGACCGUCAUGUGCAUUUUUCCAUUGCCGACUGGUGACGGUCCUGAACCGUCCUAACGGUCUUAUGUACUUACCUGAUCGCCGUUGUUCCCCCGGCGGCGGUGCUCCCGGUGUGGGGAGACUGCCUGCAGCCCAGACAGUCUCCCCGCGGCGGAUUAGGACCCCUGUGGCCAUGUGAUCACUCAACAGAGCAGUCACAAUAGGUGUCCUAGUGUCUGCCUGCAGGGGGACUGUCUGUGCAUUUUAAUUUGUGCCUCUUUAAAUGUGCCCCAUCUCAUAAUUGCUGAAAACGUGGCGGUCCAACCACUUGAAUCUGAGAAUACAAAUAGUAGGCAGCAAUCUCAAGACCAAGUAUAAAAUAUCUUCUCUUCCUUUAUUUUCCCACGUGUGGGUAUAAAAAUCAUGCAGCAGCAUACUGGGUUUGAGGGUCACAAAACACGUUUCGUCCAUUAGCACUUUAACCAGACUCCUGGAGAAUAAAGGAAGAUGAGAUAUUUUAUACUUGGUUUCGACAUUGCGGCUUACUAUGUGUAUUGACACAUUUGCCGUACAUACAUACAGUUUUUGAUCCUAUGCUUGCUAUAUGUUAUCUUGUUUUUUCUCUUUAUUUAUAUUUCAUCAUGUGUUAUGAUUUGCCAUUCCUGGCAAUAUUAACCCUUUGUUUUUAAAGAAACUCUCCAAGCACCAUAAUCACUACCGCUUGCUGUAGUGGUCAUGGUGCCAGGAUCCUGGUACCCCUCCCAUUGUACGUAGAAACGUUUUUCAAUGGUACAUGAGUUCCUUUGGGUGCUCCUCCCCACCUACACAACUAAUACUGGAAGUACCUAAACAGUGCAAGGCUAGCUCAUUGGCAAAUAUAUAUAUAUGCGAAUGAGCUUAUCCCUACCUUGCACUGCUUAGCUCAGGAGAGCUAACUGAAGUUAGGAACUUCUGGCUUUCCACAUUAAUGGUAAUGGUGCACAGCAGACUCUAGUUAGGAUGUCAAAUCAUUCAGAAACAGUUUACAAGGGGGGUGGAGAAGGGGGGCAUAGCAAUCCCAGCGAGCUGCAGUGGUUAUGGUGCUUGGAGUGUAUACUUUGGUUGCCAUAGGAGAUAAAUGAGAUAAUAAAAGAGGUAAAUUUGCUUGUACCUCCCAGUUUCAAUUAAUAAUACAGGGUGUAGAUUUUGGCAGCAUCUGAUAUGAUGCAACAAAUAAUUAAAAAUCUGGGUUGUAGAAUACAAGAACUUAGUUUCCUGGUUUGAAAGUUUUAUCUCUCCCAAAAUGAAACAGUGUGGAUGUUUUUAUUGACGUCUUAUUUUAACUGUAAUUGAAUUGUAUUGUAACAGAUCACUACAUUUGUAGCUUUCAAAACAUGGUCUUAGUUUGAAAAAACAAAACAAAAAAACAACACGUCAAAAAGAUUUUAAAAUAAAUCUGUUUUUGAUUAAUAUUACAAAACAUUAUUGCUUCUUUGUUCUCCCAUACUGCAGUGUUAAAAACCAUAGGUCAUUAUUUUGCUACCUGUGCUGUAACCUUUUUUUUCUUUUUACCAGCUGAAAUUGAAAACAUGUGACUGAGAUAUGUUUUUGUUGUUUGGUGUACAAUAGAUAUUCACAGGACAUGUUACUCCUGUUUUGUUUGGGCAGAUAACUAGAUGUUAUGCGGAAGCAGGGAACGUGAGUCAGUAUUUGGGCCAACAUAUACACGUGCAGCACCUCCUCUCUGCUGGUCAUAAAUGUGCUGAAUUCUUAAAAAUCCUCAAUCACAGCUGGCUCUGGAAUUAUGAAAAUUGAUAUAUGUUAAGCAUGCAUUAAGUGCCUUUUUACACUUUUUUUCCUUUUUUUGAGACCGUACACAGGAUUGAUGCAGCCAAUUUAGCUAUUUAUGUUCCUUUUUCUUUAUAUAAUGAUAUUACAGAAUGUCAGUGGAUGUCCUAAGGCAGUAGGUAAAAAAAAAAGUAAAAUAAAAUGGUAAAGAGUGCAUGCAUUGUACAUAAAGAACUAUCCUGCAUUGUGAAAAGAUUAAUUUGCUAAAGCAUAACAUAAGACCUGUGCAACUAAUUCAGUUAAAGGAUCACUACAGGGUCAGGAACACAAAUCUGUCCAAUCUACCGCAACUUGAGGCUUUGUUCCAAGACCAGUUUACAGAGGUAGAAAAGUGGAUCGCAAAAAACAAACUCUUCCUGAACACUGACAAAACUGUCACAAUGAUCUUUGGAACAGUACCUAAAUUACACAAAUUACACAAUCCCCACCUAUCCAUCAAAACAAAUUCAAAUGGCACACUGACCGCAGUCCACUAUUUCAAAUACUUGGGUAUGAUAUUAGACCCCAAUCUAUCUUUUGGCCUGCACAUAGAAAAGCUUGCAUCUAAACUUUAUCCAAAAUUAGGUGCCCUGUACAGAAACAAAUCCUGCCUAAGCCCUACAGUAAAGGAAAAGAUUGUACAGCAAAUGCUGAUGCCAAUCAUUGAUUAUGGGGAUGUAGUAUAUGCGUCUGCAUCGCAAUCCCUCAUUAAUAAACUCAACACAUUGUAUAACUCGUUCUGCCGAUUUGUGCUACAAUGUAAUUACAGGACCCAUCAUUGUGACAUGCUAAAGGAACUAAACUGGCUGUCGCUAGAAUCCAGACGCACCCUUCAUCUUUCCAGCCUUGUUUUUAAGAGCUUUUCUGGGAAACUCCCACCCUGCCUGAACAAAAUGCUUUCCCCAGCUGUUCCCACUUUCUAUAAGCUCCGAUCCAGUACAAGCACUUUACUUAGUCUACCUCAAUACAAAAAGAAAGCGGCCCGAUCCUCCUUCUCCUACAGAGAGCCGCAAUUGUGGAACGACAAUUUAAAAUCUUCCCUAAGCCUAAAGUCAUUUAAGAGAUCCCUCUCUACAUACCUCAAAACAGAAUGCACGUGUCAUGGUUGAUUAUAUAUUUCCUGCCUGUUCUAUGUUAAAUUUUGUAUAUAUUGUGUAUUAAUAUUGUUUUUGUAUUUUGUUGUACCUAAUGUAACAAUGCAAUGAUUUGUGGACCCAGGACAUACUUGAAAACGAGAGAAAUCUCAAUGUAUCUUUCCUGGUAAAAUAUUUUAUAAAUAAAUAAACAAAAUGUAUUACUGACCCAAUAGUGUUUAACCCACCAUUUAGGUGGCUUGCCCCCCUGCCCCACUUUGUCCCCUUAUAAAAGUCUAAAACUCACCUUAUUUCCAGCGCCGCGCAUCAUCAAAUUGGUCGAUUUUUAGCCAAUCCAAUGCUUUCCCUGAUUGGCUAAAAUCGGCAUGGGGGCAGGGACAAAUGCUAUUUUGGCCAAUCAGGACCUCCUCAUAGAGAUGCAUUAAAUCAAUGCAUCUCUAUGAGGAAAAUUCAGUGUCUCCAUGCAGAGCGUGGGGACGCUAAACGGCAGUGCUGUCUACUGUGCAGCACUGAGCCAGGAAGCCCGUCCAGUGGCCAGUUGGAGGUGUCCCUAGGCAGUGUUUACAUGAAAAUGCUUGAAGGGAGCUAUUAUAAUCACCAGAACAACUACAUUAAGCUGUAAUUGUUCUGGUGACUAUAGUGUCCCUUUAAAUAAUUGCCAGAUGGGAAUCCCAAUUUUAUUGCUUUUAUAAAAAAACAAACACAAAAAAGAAAAAACACAAUACCACACAUUUUAAGGACUUCAUGUAUCCCUCUGGCAAUGGUACUCUUAAUAGAAUAUAUUGGAUAUUAAUUUACUGAUAUGAACCUGCAGGCAGAGUAAAACUGGAUUGAUUUGUUUUGGGAUUACACAGUAGCACUCCCUUCUUCUUUAGACAUUAAUUUCUCUACUCCUCAAUGUGACUAACAGUCAUAGCAAGUCCAGAGGGAUUAUCUGCCUAUGUAAUGAUGCUGUUCUUGCAGUCAAUGACCCUGUCCUGGAUUAGACUGUCAUAUCUAGCAAUCAUGCAGGAGAGAUUUAAUUGUACUUAUACAUGUUUAUUAAUAUAGGGUGCAUGUGUCUACUCUUUGCUGAACACAUCGCUGUCUUGUUUCUAAUUAGAACAGCGAAUGGUGAAUUGAAUGCCUUCAUUUCUAAUUGAUCCUUCAAUGGUUCUAUAGCAGCAUUAUUUAGUAUCAGAAGCUCUAGUCUAUACCAUGCAUCCCAACAGACCUGCUUUUGGAGGCACAGUCUCUGGGCAGCACAGCGUACUCGCACUGUGCAGCAAGUUCCAAUCCAAUGGUCCUCAUAGAGGAGCACUGAAGACCUUAGGCGCAUAUGCCUAAGAUUCUGCCAUAGAAAAUCUUUGACUUAAAUAAUUCUUUAUGGCAGACCGUGAUGGCACUGCUAAUGCAUGCGUGACAUUGCGGUAUGUAAGAGUCCUGGUUGUCAUACCUAGAUGGCCUGGUGACGUGGCUUGAUGGGGGCACAGGACUGCAGGCACUAUAGCAACUUCAAUAAGAUAAAGUGCCUACAGUGUUCCUUUAAAAUUAGUAAGUUGACUUAGCUAGAAAUAUUCACAUCUCUCUAGCAAGUCUUAAAGUAAACGUGACAUUUGUCAUAGUUGUGCCUUGGUAAUUCUUCUCGUAUUGUUGUAUGUCUUGUAUGUCUUAUUUCUUAUUAAAUUGCAUGCGUUACCACUGGGUAGCACAGCUGGAGCCCUUACAAACAGCAUUACAGUACUUUAUAAACCUCAGAGCUGUGCUGCAAACAUGUGAUUCAGUCCAUCCCCUCUUCAAAGGAGCAUCAUAUUCUCAACAAAACGUGUCUAGCAUGUAAGAUAGGGUGACUUGCCCUCAGGAGUUACGUAACUUUAGAUCUGAAAUAAGGAGAUAAGGGAGGAAGCUUAUGCUGUAUGUCACGCUGCAACAAAAGCAAAACGAGAGGUGUCAUUUUAUAGUUGAUCUGACCAGACAAACUGUAGUGAAUAACAUUUCAUAGUUAUAUUCAUUAGGUGGGAGUCCUGACAAUAGUCCAUUUACAAAAUAGCACAGUGACAAUAUACACAAUUUGGGAUGGUUUUCUAGGAAAUUUGAUAUAUAAAAAAAAAGUUUUCGGCUCUUAGAAGAUACAGGGUUUUUCACUAAAGUAAGAACUGUGGAGAAUUCAAAGUGAAUCUUAAAUUUAAAGGGACAUUUGGGGCACCAUAACAACUUUAUCAGAAUGAAGUUGUUAUAGUGCGAAACUAUACUGGGUACCGUCUCACCUGCAGGCGGUUUACUGUUGAUGAAUGGUUUCAUCUCAAAGUCUUUAAUCCAGCAUCCACCUCCAGUCCAUCAGGAAGCCUUGGACCAGGGAGCAACAGUAGCUCCCCAUCACAAAACCUUUUGCACUCCACUUUGCAAAGACUUCAGUCAGAAAGCCCCGGACCAGGGCGCUGCCCUAAUAGGUUUUCCAAGUGUUGGUAAGCAGCUUUUAGGUCCUUACCACUUUGCAUGGAAACCUUUAAGCAUUUUAAAAUUCCCCAUAGGAAAGCACUGAUUGAAUGCUUUCCUUUGGGAAAGCGUUAACAUGCACAUUGCAAGGGCCACACAUGCUCAUUAGGUCUCACCAUUGCAUGAUAUCACUAGAGGAGGAGACCUAGCUAGCGCUGAGGGAGCUCUUGCGCUGGAAAGAGGUAAGUAAAAGUGGAUUUAAUUGUUGAUGGGGGGAGGGCGGGUUCCACUAGGGACAGGGACACUUUAGUGUUAGAAAUGCAAACCUUUAUUCCUAACGCUAUAGUGUUCCUAUCAUAAUAGUUAUAUUGGAUUGACUGCAAAAUUUAGGCAACAUUUGCCAAGGUAUGACUUUAGCCGAGUUGGAGAAUUUUUUUCAAAUCAACACUUUUUGUCAAAAUUUUGAAAUUCAAUGUUAUGUGAUCAUUCCUGCCUUCUGGUGCCCUCAAACUCGAAAUUAAAAUGCAUUUUUCUAGUCUAAUUUGAAAAUUUUUGAAAUGUCAUAUCUGCUUCAGUAUGUUGUCACAUAUUUUUCUUAUUUAUCCGUUUAUUGCAGGUGGUGUCAUAGCUUACAUCCGCUCCUCAAGCUCAGCCUCCAGCCCUUCCUCCUGCCACAGCGAGAGUUCUAACAGUAGUUUCCAGUCAUCCUCUCUGCCAUCCUCUCCAAGCAGUUCUUCCUCAGAAGGAAGUAGCCGUGGGAGCAGUGGAAAUGGAAGCAAGAGAAAAAGUGACCUUUCUAAUGGAGGCAUCCAGUCAAGCCUGGAGGAAACACGGAGGAAUCAGCAAGUGGACACGUUGUGUAUCACGACAACCUACACGAGUGUUCCAACCCAGACCAAAACCCACGGGGGACCUUCAUCCAGUAAGUGUCCCCAUUGUUAGAGAUGAUAAGAAAAUAGCUACGUCAGAAGAUUUUUCCCAAGCAAGGCUAGAAUUGGAUAGCAUUAUCUGAAAAAGAAAUGUGAGAGAAGUAGGCAGUACAAAUUUUGGUUCAGCUCUUUUGUUUCCUCUCUUCUAGGAGCCAAACAUUCAGUUGUCGAUUAGGUCAAGGUUAAAAUUUCCACUAGCACUUGGCAAGUGAAAACAUAGCACUGGCAAGUAGAAAUUCAUCCCUGGCCAGUGUGCCAUGGACUCUCCAGGCUUGCAGUGGUUAGUAACUUUUAAGACCUGGCUAAUAGCAAAAGACUUAAUAUUUUUUAAUUUAUUUUUUUACCUGAAAGGAGUCCUUUUUUCUUCUAGACAGUUUGUGGACACUUUAAUGCAGUGACUUAUCUACCCAGUGCUUACAUGUUAGCUAGACUAGGUAAAUCAUUAGUUUAAUAUAAAAGGUAUGUGGUAUCUCUGCUACAGAUCCUCAUAUAUUGUACUAAUAUCCGCAGAAUUCAAUGGCAUGAUCCUCCUGUGUAAGGUGUGUGGCGAUGUAGCGUCUGGAUUUCAUUAUGGGGUGCACGCUUGUGAAGGCUGCAAGGUAAUGAUGAAAUUAUGUUCCUGAUCUUUCACAAAUGUAUUCUCUUGUUUCUGAAAUCUCCAUUACAUAAUUUUAUUCUUACUGCCAACAUUGCUAUUUAAAGGGGUAGAUAACUUUAACCUCUAGUCCUCCAUAUCUAUUUGUGCACUUUAGUUUAAAAUGAGAAUCUUACACUAAAUUAAUUGGUGCUGUGUUGGAGGUUUUCCUACUUGCAUGCAGUAAAUAUGUCACUCUUUGUAUUUAUUUGUGUUAAAAAGUGUCCUUUUUUUUUUUUUUUUUUAAACCAAAAUUUGGUAUGUACUUUUCUGAAGCAUUUCUCUAAGUGGGAGGCUAGUGAUAGUCACAGCCAACCAAUCCUGGUACCUUUUAAACCAUGUCCAUUGCAUCGGUGCGAGUUACCAUGUAUUAAUAUAUGCUACAAGAUUACAAUGAUACUUCCCCUUGUGGAUACUUCGCAUUUGAUUUUGAUAAAUCAGUGACAAUGCCUCUCUGACCUUUUUUAAAGGGUUUUUUCAGACGAAGCAUACAGCAGAACAUCCAGUACAAAAAGUGCCUCAAAAACGAGAGCUGCUCCAUCAUGAGAAUGAAUCGAAAUCGAUGCCAGCAAUGCCGAAUUAAGAAGUGUCUGUCUGUUGGGAUGUCCCGUGAUGGUAUGUGUUUUCUGCAGUUGCUUUUCGUGUUCUAACCAAAUAAUCAGACACUUACAUUUGUCUAUGUAAUAGACUGAAAAGUCUGCAUAUAGACGUUUAUUAAAGCAAUGGUAGGGUUCCUGUGAAUGUUUUUUUUAUUUUUUUGUUUACUAAACAGCAAUAUUUUAAAUUGCAGGGCUAAAACACCAGGCACUGCAAAAAACAAUUACAUUAAGUUUUCUCCCGAGUGCUGGAUCUCAGUAUCCGGCCUCUUAAUUUUGUUCUUUUAUGUGUGCUGAUUGCCUUUCUGUGGGAUUUGUUUGAUUGAUGGAUUGUCUGUAAAUUCGCUUAACAACCAAAAUGGAACUUUCUGUAAACCCAAUUUACUGCCGAAAAUUGCUAAAGAUGAUCGAAUGAGAAAAAAUAGCUAUUUUGUUUUAUGUAUAACUAAAAAAAAACUAAGGUGAAUUUAACACAAUAAAAAGAACGAGGAAAUAGAGGGUCAAAAUGACAGUUCUACUUUAACUACCACAAUAACAACAGGAAAUAUACAGCCGUAAGUCAAAACAAAAUAAAAUUAUGUAUAUAAUAUUUCAGAGAGUUAAAUCGGAAUCAUGGUAUCUGCAAAAAGAAAAAAACAAAACCCUGAGCUAAUAUAGUCUCCCCUGUGGGACGAGGAUUCUUGGGGACACCAGUCUUGUUUACAUCAGACUGGGUGGGGGUAUCCAUCAUGACAGGUGCCCUAACUCUUGCUGAUACUGGGACCUUGAUUUCUUUAGUAUACUCCCUACCUUUCCUCACAUAAAUUGACUGUGGAGAAAUGUACCACCUGGCUUUUAGGAGAUCCUUGGGUCCACCAUUCUGUUUUAUUUAUUUCACUUUAGUAUGCUUGCCUAUUCAGUAUUUGUUGCUGAGCUAUUCAGCCCCUGGCGGGUCUAUUUAGUGUAUUUUGCAUCAGUUCAGAGAGACCUCAAUUUAAAAUCCUUCCAAAUUUCUCCCAGUGAUUAGUUAAUAACCUUUGUAGUAAUAAGAAUAUUUGCUGUCUAUGUAAUCAUAUAUAAUCAGUUUUUUUCAAUGUGUAUUUCUUGUUCCCUCUACAGCUGUUCGCUUUGGCCGCAUUCCAAAGCGUGAGAAGCAAAGAAUGCUAAUAGAAAUGCAGAGUGCCAUGAAAACAAUGAUGAACAGCCAAUUCAGGGGCCCUGUACUUACCGAAACGCUACCAGAUUAUCAAGCAUCUCCAUCUCUACUGCCAUCCAUUCCCCAACCAGCUCAAGAGAAGACAGAAUCCAAAUUUCAGUGUUACACAAAAGUGAAUAGUUCCAACCUAUCAAAUCCUCCUGCUCGUCCUCCACCACCAUCUUCACCUCCAUCCUUUGACGCUAGCAAAGAAGAUGUUAUCCGGACUGUAACCAGGGCUCACAGGGAGACCUUUAUGUAUAACCAAGAGUCUUCUGAAGUUCCAGCUGCAACAUAUGGACAUAGAGAAGAAGGAAAUUUUGGUGUCAAAUGCAAUAACAAUGACCAUUUUAGCAAGUCACAGAAUUCCCCUCAUUACCACGUGAAUGAAAGCCAGAACCAUAUGAAUGGGACAAACAAAGGGAGGAAUAUCAUGGACUACCAGAGUGGGCAUGCCAUCUCCUUUGCCAAUGGACACAGUGUCAACUUUUCAAACGGAUUGUCCCGUUGUAGUAAAGCAUCAAUGUGUGAUGUACCUCGGAACAACAACAUGAGUGGAUACACAUGCAGCAGAGGACAACGAAGACAUCUGGUACAGUUCAUUGAUACAUUUUUUGUGCAAAAAAAAUUAAAUGUUUCAACCGGGUGUUCUAACUCAUACUUUUUCCUAAACCCAGAUGAUAACUAAGUUAAAAACAUAAAUUAUAGCCUAAAUAAUUUAAAGGCAAGUGUCAUUUAAAGAGGUACUUGGUGAUUAUCCUUAACGUCCAAGUUUAUACAUACAUUAAAAAGCAUUGUUCUGAUAAAUUCUACCUCUUAUGAGAUCCGCCACACCGUAAGAUGGUUAUGCUUUAGAACUUUGUAAUUAGAUUAAUCAGAACUUUUACAGAAAAGAAUAUUCAUUCAUUCAUUCAUUCAUUACUGUUAACAUAGAAACCUAGAAUGUGACGGCAGAUAAGAACCAUUUGGCCCAUCUAGUCUGCCCAUAUAAUAUUUUUAAAAUAAAUGUAUUAUAUAUAGUAAAUAUAAUUAUAUUUAUUAUAUAUAAUAAAUAUAAACAGCAAUAAUUAUAUUUUGCCAAAUCAUCCCUCCCUACAUCCUCCAUUUUUCUAAAGACUUCUCAAAGCAUUCUGACAUAAAAUGCUGCUUCUCCUAGAGAUUGUAGUAUUUGCUGCAUAUGCACCAUGUAUCCUCAAUGCUUCUCUAUGAGAAACAUCUGAUUGGACAAAAGGCAUUAAAAUUGAUGACUUUACCAGUGGAGGAUUGGACUGUCUGUCCUGGCAAUCACAGGAAUUUUUUUUUUUUUUUUUUAGUAAUUGACAUUCCAAUCCAUUCCAGUUCUGGCACAGCCAAGGCACAAAUUGCAUUGAAGUAAGAGUUUGGAGGUUACUAGUAGGGAUGCACGUGUGUUGACACUGCUUGUGAUAUCACCAGCAAACAGGGAGCAUGCGUGUAAUUAAAUCUCAUUUAUUUCUUUAAUUAAUGAGAGGCAGGAGGCAUGCAAGCAAGGGUCACUUCAUCAAAAAACAGUGUUUUAUUAGUCAUGACUGUGGGGCUCUCACACAGAUAUUCUGGGUGCUGUGCAGCACACACAUAGUAUCUGUGUGAGAGCCGCACAAAGAAGGGAGAGAAGAGUAGUAGUAGCCAAAAAUCCUUGCACGAGGAGUGGGGCCUUUGAUCUCCUAUCGCCGGAGGGCCUUGUGAGUUGUCAGUCCAUCCCUGGGUCUUGUUACUUCCUCGUUGUUUAGCUCAGUGAGCUAAACCCAUGAGCACUUGCCUUGCAAAGACUUGUCAUUGAGCUGCAUUGGGAAGUUUGUGAUUGGACAGUCACAUAAAGUCUGGGCGGGGUUAGAAGGGGAGGGCAUGCAAAGGCUUCAGACAAGAGAUCUGUAGCUUUUGAAGCUGUUUUUAGAUAUAAUUCCAAUGAAAGAAUGCAUAAUUAAAUUCAUGGGAAUAUAUCUACUAAAUCUUGGGAAUAUAUCUACUAAAUGGUGAUUUCUUUUUUUCUUUUUAUUAUUUUUUAUUGUGUAUUUGAGCAGUGGAGUUUAAAUCUUAAUCUUUUCAGAUAACCAUGCUCUGAUUUGGAUGUCUCCUUUGUGCUUGAGAAAUGUAUACAAAUCAGUCAUUUAUACAAAUGUUUUGUCCAUAGUGGUAGUUUUACUGCCAAAUACUGCUUGUCUUUAUUGUCAAGCCAUUACUCAAGUAAUUAUUUUACGAAUAGCAGACAAAUAGUUUGAAUCACUGUCACCGCAAUAUCAAAGCACUGUUACCUGUUUUAUUUUUGGAGUUAAGUAAGUUGUUUUUAAUUCUCAGGUCUGUCCAAUGAGCAUGUCUCCAUUCAUGGAUCCCAAUAAAUCUGGACCUCAAAUCUGGGAAGAGUUUUCUAGGAGUUUUACCCCCGCUGUUAAAGAGGUAGUUGAAUUUGCCAAGCGCAUUCCAGGAUUUAAAGAUCUCUCACAACCUGACCAGGUUAAUCUUCUGAAGGCUGGUACAUUUGAGGUAAGAGUUUGAAUUAAAAAAAAAUAUUACAUUUGUUACAUUUUUAUUAUUGAAAAAAAUAAGACAAGGACUUUUAAUAUCGGAAAAAUUUUUAUUAGGAAAAUAUUUUGUAUUAAAACAUUUCUGCACAUAUUUUGUACUUUCUAAUAUAAUUUUCUCUGUGACUCCUAAAAAUAUAAGCUAUAAUUUAAUCUAACACAAAGUUGCUAGCAAAAAUCUGGUAGUCAAAAUGGCAAUCUCUAUUUGUCAGAAAUUCAGUAUACCCUUUAAAACAAAACUGAUCAUGGGCAUGGUCUUUUACCUGUUCCAUAGGUAUAUGUAAAUGGUGUGUAUGUUUUUGUGUUUUUUUUUGUUUUGUUUUUUACUUUUUUCCCUAAUUUCUGCAUGAUUAUUUACUCAUGCCUAAUAUAAUACCUAUACACAAUGACUUGACCUUUAAUUUCAAGUUUUUAAUUUAUAAUGUUAGGUAAAAGUAUAAGUUUACAGGAAUUUUAUGAAUUGAUAUAAAAAAUAUCUGAGUAAAAAACGAUUGUUUUGGUCAUUUAAAUGAAAAAUAUUAUAUUUGCCUUGUUCACCAACACGUAUGUGCAAUAUUGAUAAUUCUGAACUUCUAUAUCAUUUACCAACCACUGUUAUUACUCCACUGGUGAUAAUUUAUAAAUUGUUCUACUUGAAUUAUCACAUCUGAGUCAAAUCCUCAUGUGGUAAAUUAUCAUUUAUAUGUAUUAUAUAUAACGCCAGCAUAUUCAAUAGAUAAAAUAGUCACAUGAGUAGUACUGACCCAACAAAUAAGCAAAUGGAAACAUGAAUUGAUGAAGUACCUGAAACAAGCUUAAAACAAAAGUACUCACUUAAUACAAAAUAGAGACCAUGCAAUAAACUUAAUUUCCUUUUUUUUUUUUCUUUAUAAGAAAACAUUUUUUACCAUCCUCUCUUCUCUCUCUUACCAGGUGCUGAUGGUACGGUUUGCGUCACUGUUUGACGCUAAGGAGCGUACUGUCACCUUUCUUAGCGGGAAGAAGUACAGUGUUCAUGAAAUGCACACGAUGGGAGCUGGAGAUCUGCUGAACUCUGUGCUUGAUUUUAGUGAGAAGCUCAGUGCUCUGCAGCUUAGUGAAGAGGAGAUGAGUUUAUUUACAGCAGUUGUCCUGGUGUCUGCUGGUAAGGGAAUAAAGAUAAUCUCUAUGUUUCUAUCCAUCCAGGCCAACCAAAACAUGACAGCUAUUUUCUAACCCCUCUCAAGCUAUGUCAUACCGCACAAUGAUCCACCACUCUUCUGUCUGGUAAGAUGGAUAUAGCGAGAGAGUAUUACUAUGCCUGGAGGAGCAGUCUAGACUACAACUCCCACGAUGCUUAGUCAACAUUCUAUGGUAGUGCUGGACAUAGGUGUUUAAAGUCCAUCAAGAUUUAAGCAGUGCCUCCCCUGCUUUGAGCUAUAACGCAUUUCUCUCCAAUUCCUGUGUUUUACAGUGAAAUCUUGGUGUUAUAUUAAAACUGUUGUUACAAAUAAUAAAAAUAAAGGGGUAGUUACUAUUACUGAAUUUAAUGGUACUCAUUUUAUCUACCUCGGAAGGAUGAAGGGCUGAGUCAACCCUGCCGGGAUUUGAACCUGCGACCUAAGGGUUAAACAAAUUCUACUAUCUCACCGGCCUAUAUGUUUAAUCUGUAACAACAAUGAAAAACUGCCUCAGCCAGUUACGUAUGCUGCAAAUAAGUGGGGGCAAGGGCUGCUGUGCUGAAGCAAUAUUAUAUAAGGAUUACAAAUAUAAAAAAACAAGUCCUGCGCUUACUCCCAUCACUCCUGGGCGGCAGCAACGACUACAGUGCACAUCAGCCCCAAUACAUACAGUAAAAACCAAAGAAAAAGUUAGCUGUGCUCCCUCCUAAAUCCCUAUGUAUAUUUAAACAAAUGGAGGUCAUUUAGUUACUCCAAUUGCCAUUGGAGGGAAUGCCCACCUGCCAACGUCAAGGCAGUCCCCCUCAUUAUUUGCUAAUUGUGAGUGUUCUAUAAGAAUACCCACUUGUGGUUCUCAUGAGAGAUGUUUAUUUGUGGGUUUUUUUUUUUCUUAUUGGGAUACCAUAUACUCUAUUUUUAUUUUUAUUUUUUUUAAUAACUUGGCAAGCACGCUAUAUCUUUGUAAUGAAAUGUUAUGCCAACUUUGCAUGACCGGUGGAAUACUAAUACAACUGUUAAAACUGUUUGUUUGUGCUGGAUGUGGAACAAAUAAAUUUAAAAGAGCUUGCUGUAGAGGUUAGGUUGCCAAUAAUCUCCUGACCCUGGGGUUUAAUAUACUUAGGUGGGUUUACCCAUCCCUCUCAGCCAAUUAAUGUCAUCCACAUUGAUAAUGCGGAAGAGUUAAUUCCACAUUAUUAAUGAUGCUGAGAUAGGAGCGAUCCCAGGAAGAUUACAUUUAUUUAUUAACUGGUUUGAUAUUAAACAUGGGGGGUGAAUUUUCACUUUAGUGACUAUAACCCUGCAUGUCAGACAGCUUCUUAAUGUGGAAGAGUGCCACUCUAAGAACCAUAACCACUUCAAUGAGAUGAUGUGGCUAUGGUACCUAGAGGGUCCAUUUAAUACAAUUUAAGAUUAGGAGUCAAACAUUUUUAUCCAUAUAUAUUAACAACUAAUUAGUAAAAGGGGAAUAUUAAGGUAUAAUGUUGAGUUGUGGAAUUGUUUGCAAUUUUGGGAAUAUUACAAAAUGUUACUUGUAUCCAUGGAAUAGUAUUGCAUUCAUUUCCAACUUCCUAUAGAUUUUAAAACUGUUAGAAUUUUCAUUGAGUAACAGAUGUCCUAUGCAUUUUCUUUUUAAAAAGCAUGUUUUAUCUUUUCUUUUUAACAAACUCCGUUUUUUCUUUUCUCUUUUUAGAUCGAUCUGGUAUUGAAAAUGUAAACUCUGUUGAAGCUCUGCAAGAAACCUUAAUCCGGGCUCUUCGAACUUUAAUCAUGAAAAACCACCACAAUGAGGCCUCAACCUUUACCAAACUCCUUCUUAAGUUAGCAGAUCUGCGGAGCCUCAAUAACAUGCACUCGGAGGAACUUCUGGCCUUCAAAAUUCACCCAUAGGCCUCUUAAUGACUAAUGUGUUGUCUGUUGUACAUUGUGUGAUAGAGCAUAUCUGUCUAGUGUUAGGCUACACCUCCCUUUAAUUUCUACGCACUAUUAAACCACUCAAGCAAAACCACUCCAACUCACACAGCUUUGUGCCUUCCUUUUAACAUGUGCAUUGUCCUUACUAGUGGCCUAUCAGUUUCUUACAGAGGAAUGCCUACUAACUGGCACUUACCUACCUACGUACCUUUUUAUAGUGUAUUGUAGGAGAGGUCAAAAUAAGAGUGGAUAUACUUUCAGUCACCCGGAAGACUCAAAGAAGCUGUGUUGUGUUGGAAAGGUUGUAUGGUUGUAAAUUCCGUUCCCACUUGGUGGAGCCAAAAUUAUAUUAUACCAAAAAAUGUAUGGUUAGCUCUCAGAGAGCUUUUUGAUCCAAACAUUACCAAGCCUAGUAGCAUGACAGGUUUUUAAACAGUCUGUGGAAUUGUUGUUCACCAACACUAUGUUACUCAAGUUUAAUUAUCGUUUAAAGCACUUUGGAAAUACUUCUAAAGUUCCAUAUAGUAAUUUAUAGAGGUCAGACAAUAAUUUCUGUUGUGAAGCCAUUUUGUCAUAAUUGUAGCACUCUAAGCCAGUUUUGUGCCUAAACUUAGACCAUCUGGAUCGAUCUCAUUUGGCACAUAUUCUUAGAUAUUGUAAAUAUCAGUAGGUAGAAUGUUAAAAUAUAUAAAUUUAUAUAUGUAUAUGGCAGCCUCCUCACAAUAUUUUAACCUGUGACGAAAGCUGCUACAGUUUAAGUUGAGGUUUAUGAAAUGUUUAAAAAAUAUUAAGACUUUAUUGAGGAAUUUACAAUGAACUGUAUAUAUAUAUAUAUAUUUUUUUUUUUAGGUAAAAAAUAAUUAAAUUUAUAAAACUGAUGAUGCUGCUGGCGCUGAAAACAUUUAACCCUUUGAGCGCCAGAUUGGCUGUUGUGUGCCCGCACAUUGCAAAAACCAUCACUACAUCACACGACUGGCGCCAAAAUUAAGUUAAGCCUACCAAUGCAAUUGGAUCAUGUCAAAUUUGAAGUUGCUACUUUGUUGGCACAGCUGUGUAUGUAUGUGUGUGUGUGUGUGUGUGUAUAUAUAUAUAUAUAUAUAUAUAUAUAAAAUAUUUAACUGUUGGGCAGAUUAUGACAAUACUUGGUUAAGGUCAAUGCAGGGAAGGCCAAAACUUUCUCAUCAUUGUACUUUUUUGCAGUAGAGGCUGAGGAAAGGAUUUGAGGAUGAGCCCACAAUUUAGAGUAUCAUGAUAGAUUGAAAAUAGAGCUGCAUGCUUUGUCUGUCUUUGUUUCAGAACACUAGGAAGAGAAAUAACAAUGAUCUAAUCAUACUGUUUGAUUUGGUCAUCUAUUUCGGUUUGAGACCUGUUCAUGGAUGCUUGCUGCUGAAUUAAAACACACAGCAAAUAGUGGACAAUCUGUAUAAGGAACUCUGUUCCAAGGCCAUUUUUUGGGGACAGGAAAAAUAGGGAGUUGGAGGGAUUGACAAUCUAUUUAAAGAAAGGAGGCUCAUGGCGGUUUUUCAAAGAAAGAAACCGCAAGGCAUUGGAGGGAUUCUUAUGCGUAAAUUUUAUGCUGUGGCCUGCGAGGCUACUUUUUUACAAAAGCACUUUGCUGCUGGAGAUUAUGUCACAGAUUAAAUGGUUAAUUAUUUGAUUUAACCUGUUACAAGAGGGCUUCUUUAUUUUGUAUUUUUCUGACAAGCUGCCUGUCACUGGAACUCAAACUGCGAUAUUUAGAGGAUGCUGUAUAUAUUAAUGUAAGCCAGUUCCACUGCCAAGAGCUUGUUUUCAUGUCAUUUAAAGUUUGAACCAUUUUUAAAAUCUCUUGGUCAACCCUCUGGUACUGAAACAAUUGAUCCAGUCAAAUCAGAAUCUCAAGAUGUGAAAAACAUAAAUAGACUAUACGAGAAAAAAUGCGCAACUGACUUUCUGUAUAAAAUUUAUUUUACUAACACCAUCUUUUAGAACUUUGUUUACGCAUAUAAUUUAAUUAUAUGUUAAAUCAAUAUAUAUAUUGAUAGAUUUUCUAAAAGAGCUGUGUUUAAGUCUGUUACAGUGAAAUGUUUACUUUUUCAGAUAAUUAAAUCUCUUUUACACUUCAUUUGGAAUCUAAUUGUUCAAUUUUAGGUGGUAACUACAGAGUGAUCUCCUCUUAUGAGCGACCUGACUCCUAAACUUCAAGUCAUAACCUCCAUCACAUUGUGUAGAGAAUAAAUCGGUAUAUUCCUUACGGCAGCCUCUUUAUACAUCUUUGUAUAUAUGUUAUUUGUUCUGAAACAUAACCAGGGUAACCCAGUUGCAGCUCUGGAAUAAGGCAUGAAUUUUGCAACAUUACCAUAAGACUCAAAGAAAAGCUGUUUGACUAGUUAGACAAUUCCCAGAUACAUUUCAAUUUGCUGUUUUAAAUAAUAUCAACAGCACCGAACUAUUUAUAAAAAAAUAAUUUUGGAAACAUUUUCAACUUUCCUUCUGAUUAAUUAGUUUAUCGUACCAAAAUCCUGCUUCGUUGAGGCAAACCAAAUCCAAAAUGGCAGCAUAUGGCUUCAGGUUUAUGGAGAAAAUUGUUUGGCCAAUUUUCUUUAAGGAGUGAACUACGGUUAUUGAUUGGCAUCUUAUCAGCAGGAUGCGGCUUUUUAUUGUGUUACAUUCUUAUCAUAUUUUAAGAAGCGGCUGAAUAGCAAAUCAUUCUCCAUGACAUAAGGGCCAAUAAAACAUUUCUUGGCUCAGGCCUAACCGUGCUUCUUUAAAGACAGCAGUAAUAUAUUUUAAAUUUUAAAAAUGAAAAUAUUUUAUGUUUUGGUGUCUUCCAUCUGCCUAUAUUACAUUAAAGUACAGUAAAAUUUGGCCAGUAACUUGUGUCAUGUCUGACAGCAUCCUAAAUUAUGUGACAUUGAGCCAUUGACCCAGUCUGGUGUAGAGUUCAGAUUUGCAACAGCACGUAAUGGUAGACUACAGCAAAGUAGGGUGAGGUUUCUAUGGAACUUGGUAUACCUCACUCCCGUAAAUGUAACCAUUUUCAUCUCCUUAACAACGUAUCUGCAAUUUAGGAAUAGUCUAUCAUUUUAAGAGCAGAAUAAAAACACUGAUUAAUUAGAAAAGGUACUCCAUAUGCAUUUUAUGGGGUAUGCAUGAAAAAACAAAAAAGCAAGCGUUUUAUGUAAUGAACAUCAUAUAAUAAUAAUAAGCAUUGUAAAAACAUAGUCUUUAUUAUGUAGAGACUGCAGUGGUUAGUACAUAUUACAGGGAGGCAAAAGCAUUCCAGAGCCUAAUAUGUGGAGGGAGACUUUUUUUCAAUUUUACAUUGUCUACUAUAAAAUAGUUUCUGUUAACUGAAAGGAUACCACAUAGUUUCUUAUUGGUUUACAUUAGUAGUUCUAAUAAUGAUUUUUAACAUUUUGUUUUAUCCUGCCAAUUUUUCUGGGCUUUGCCUCCAACUUCCUUUUUUCAUUGUUGACCUGUCACAGAGAAGAAGGUCCCUCGCUCAUUCUUCCUUAGAUGUCUUGGUGCAAGUCCUACCUCUGACCUGUCUAACAGUCUUACAUCUCAAGAUAUAUAUUUUGUACUGUAGGGCUUUUUUUUUUUUUGCAUCUGGUCUUCUUCGCACUCCAUUCUAUUUUUUUAGCCGUGCAAAGCUUAUAUGUAUUUGAGAGUGGUGCUAGUAUAUUUACUCUUAAUGUCUCUUGAGAGAGAGAAACUUAAAAAUGAGCUACUGUGUUCCUUUACUCUUCAGUACCCUGAACCUUUAAACAAAUACCAAGAUCUGCAAGAUCUUGUGUGUGCUUUCUGUCUAAUAAUUAAUAAUCUAAAUGUUUGUAUUUCUUAGAAUUGCAAUUUUCUAGGAGUUAAAUUCACUUGUUUAAAAUAUACCUUCAUAGAAAGUGUGAUGUUUUGCAUAUAUAAACUAAAAUCUUAAGGGCUCCAAAAAAACAAUAAAACACAAAUAUGUGAGCAGUAAUAUAUUUUAAACUGGGAAGAAGGACUCUUUGUCCAUUAAGAUUUUUAUAAGAGUAUUUUUAUAUUAUUUAUCUUACUGCUAUGUCCCAAUCUACAAUCUUGUAUUGGUAACUAAAAGCAUGCAUUCUAUGUUGUUUACGUUAUUGGCAUCUACUUGUUAAUAAAAAAAAAAAAGAUAAUAGGAACAUGUAUUCUAAUUACAGUAUUGGCCCUAGUGAUGUCAUGAAACAACAUGAUGGGUUUAUAUACACUCAAAUUCAGAGCUUGAAAUGCCAUAUGAUUUAUUAUUAUCAUUAAUUGUAUGCUGGAUUAAAUAAGAAAAAAGAGGUUAUAAAUAACUUGCAUCAAGCAAAUCUCAUCUAAUAUUAAUAUCCAAUUUACUAAUGAAGUGAUACAUGUAGCUAUUUACAAAGUCAGAAUAAAAUCUGGGCAUUAACUGGUCAUUCAACUCUGCCAUAUCUUUUUCCAUUGUUAUGUCGUGUAUGUGUUGUUUUGUAAAACUGUAGUAGGCUGUGAAGAAAUUGAGUGACAACAGUGAGGUCCAAUUAUUAUUUUUUUUUUUUUACCUACAUGGCCGUGGCACUGGGUAUCAGUGUUUAACCUUUUCAUUACCAGAAGAUUUAGCUGUCAUGCUGAGUAAGGCACCAUUGCUAGUACUUACUGGCACUGAAAAUGACAUUGUUUAUGUAGAUAAAAUUUGUAGGAUAAUACAUUUCCAACUUUCAUUUCUGAAGCUAAUGCACUAUAACAAUGUAAAAUGACCAUUUUUGCCUGCAAAAAUCAUGGAAAGCAAUUUAGGACUCUUUUAGAUUAAAGUGGCACUGUCACAACACUUCUAUUAUUGUAUAUCGGUUUUAAACAGUAUAAUUUAAAUUAUUUUAAUCUAACCGAGCAACAGUUAAAGGACAACUGUCAUCAAAUUUUCACAUGCUUUAUAAAAGUGUAUUGCAUUUAACAAAACUUUAUAUAAUUUUAAUUAUGUAAAUUUUUUUGUUUUUAAAUAAAGUUCACAUUUUAUUUGGCUGAGCAGCCAUUUUAGGUCAGUCUCUCACUGACCAACUGCUGCUCAACCCAAUGUGCCUGCUCCUGUGAUUAUUCUAUGUGAAAUUACAGCAGCAGACAAGUUAGGAUGAGCAGCAGUUGGUCAGAUAACAGUAGGAUUUGACCCAACAUGGCUGCUUUUCCAGAUAAAAAAAAAAGUGAAACUUUCUCCUAAACAUCACUAUAUAUCGGUGUUCUAUUGAAAGAAAAGGUUCUCAAUCUACUAUUCAAUUGUUUUCAACCAUAUCCCAGAAAAUAUGUAAAAUUAACAAAACAGCACAUUGUCUGGUUUCAAAGUAUUAUGUGACUAUUUCUAAUGACAGUGCCAUUUUAAAGUCAUGCUUAGCAGUUGUAGGAGAAUGUGCCCCAAUGCGUAGGACUUCAGAAACUUUGAACUUUUCACUGAAUGUAUGGUCUUUUUUUAAUUUAAGAUAUAGUUUCAUUAAGACUUGGUGGGAGCAUGUUUCAUGUUCAUUUUCUACAAACUUGUGCUAAUUGAUUACUCCUGAAAAACUAUUUAAGAAAAGAAAAUAACCACAUCUAUAUUUUUGCCCCAGUCAUACACUACAGCUGUAUAAGUUAUAUCAUAAUCAUAUGUUUGGUUUAUUCAAACAGAUUGGUUUGCAAAAAUUGAAAUGCAUGAUUAGUCAAUAAUGUAUACAGUUAGUGAGUAUGAUUGGGGCAAAUGAUAUACAUGUGGUUUUGAUCUGUAUAUGAGCUUAAAGUGCUGCUAAAUCUUCCUUAAAAAAAAGCAAAAAAAUUAUAAACAAUGACUUCUUCACUGUGCGUCACCUCACAGCCAAUCAGCAGUGGUGGUUGCGUGGUCUGUGAAAUUGUCACUUUUUGUCACUGCUGAUGCCUUGAAAGAACCCUAAUUUUUCAUGUGAUUGGACGAGGGAGGCCUAAUUAAGUUCUUUUCUAUUGAUCAAAUCUAAAAAUGAGUCUUCAAUAACCAGGCCUGCAUGAUCAUAUUAAUGCUUGCAGGGAACCAAUUGCAUGUAGCAAGAAAAAAAAAAUACAUGCUACCUUUUUCGGCGGUUUUGAAGUACAUUUAUUUUUUGGGGGUGGGGGAAAAAAAAUUUGCUUCAGUUAAAAAAGCAAGUGUUGGAAGGGUUUAAGAAGAUUUAGUGGCACUUUAAGCUGUAAAUCACUGUUGCACAAUGAUGAACUUGACAUUUGUAUGUGACUUGUGUUACUGUUUCAAAUAAACAACUUUACACAAUUAUCAGUUUCGGUAAAUUCAAUGAAGAAAUCUUCUGGGUUAAGACAAUAUUACAAUGAGUUAUAUCUUUUUUCAGGACUGCAUGACUUGAAU